UUUUGCAUUUUUUUUCUGGGUUUUUCUCCUACUUAAUUGCUUCUUUUACUUCUUUUUGUGGCGGGAACAAUUUGUUCACUAUGUUUUUAUUUUUUUGUGUUAUUAUGUUUCAGAUUACGUAUUGGGUUUAUGUUGUAUUGUGAUUUUGAAUUUGUUUGUACAAUUUUUAUGUUGUAUGCAUGAAAGUAUUGGAUUUUUGUUCGUUUUUUGUUUCAAUUGUUUGUGAUUUUGUUUGGGUUAGUUCAUGUUUUAGGGUUUUGAAUAGAUGAUCGCUGCUUGUUUGUGUUGCAUUGUUGAUGUAUAAUGCCCAAUUUAUGCGUCUGAUUGCUGAAUAUGUUUAUGGGUAUUGCAUGAUUUGUAUCGUUUGUGGUUAAUUUUGCUGGGUUCUUGUUGAUUUUGUGAGGUACGCUUAGGGUUUUUGACUUUUUAUUUUGCAUGUAAUGAUACAUUGUUUAUUCGGGUUCGUUUUGAUUCUGGGUUCGGACUGUUUUUGCGGUAGAACUUAGAAAUAUUGAGCUGACCAUUGAUAGUUAGUGGGAUAGUUGUAAAUUUAUCAAUUUUUUGGUUGUUCUGAAGGCAUGCUAGGGUUUGCUUUUCGCCUCCAUUGACGCAUUGCUCGUGGGUGGGUGUGUCAAAGUGCUGGGCAUCAAUUGCUGACUUUUUGAUUGAGUUGGACAAUGCCGCUGCUCAAGAGGAAGCCAUUCUCAUUGUUGGAACCCCCCAGUGAUUUACAGCCUCGAGAACUUGUCUUUCAAAUUCGAUUUACUAAAGAGAUCUUUCGAGAUUAUCAAGAAUACUUGAAGCGGAUAAAUCUAUAUCGCCAACGAAUAUGGACAUGUAAAGUAACUGGAAAGUCUAAUUUUACAUAUGAGGAGGCUUUGGUCUCAGAGCAGCGUGCAUCAGAGAAGGUUCAGCAGUUUCCUGAAGAGUUUAUUGUUCCUACACUGCGAACUAUUCAAUAUAGUAUGCUUCCGCUAAGCGAUUUGGUCCGCAAAAUCAAAGCAGAGCUGCAAGAAAGCCUGGUUGAGGGUGCAAAGUUGCAAGGGAAGAAGGAUGGUUGUGUACAUUCAUGCAAGAUAAUCAAAGUUUUUGAUGAGGAAGCAGGCAAAGGUCGUUAUGAGGUGGCAUGGCUUGAUAAUGAUGACAAAAUAAGUGGAACUGCUGUGGUAGGUGAAGAAGACUUUGUUCGUAAAAAACUUCCAUUUGGGCGAGAGGUUCUAAAAUCUUAUAUUAGGGAGUCUACAUAUCGGAGUCUUCCUUGGGUAAUUCACAAUAAUUUGGCAUCAAAGUAUGGAAUUCCUACUGAUACACCCGAAGAAUUAAAAGGCAAAAUUUCUUUUUUGAAUGGGUGCGUGAUUAAGAACAAGAAGAGAAAGACUAGUAAGGAACCCCAAGAAGGAAACGCUGGGAAACAUAAAAAGAGCAAGAUACAAACAGAGAAUGGAUUGCUCCGAGACAAUGAUCUGGAGAAUGGGGAUGAAUCCAUCAAGUAUCCAAUUGAUGACCAGCUUGUGGAGCCUGGUGCUGAUGAUCCAAUUUUCACUGACCGUCCUACUCCAUCAAGAGACUUCACCAUUCAAAUGGAUUCUGUUGGAGAUCUUUUAUUAGUUUGGGAUUUUUGUUCAUCUUUUAGUAGGCUGCUCUACUUGUGGCCAUUCUCUUUUGAAGAUUUUGAAAAGGCAAUAUGCCACAAAGACAGCAAUCUUACUCUUGUUGUGGAAACCCAUGCAAGUCUUCUUCGCUUGCUUAUGAAUGACGAAGGACUAUAUUAUAUAGUGAUCCAGCGUAAGAAGCGUAAACCAAAGAUUACUCUAAUUACAUGGACAGAAUAUUUGUGUGAUUUUCUUGAAAUGAUUGACAUUUCUGAAUUAUCCACUCAUAUACCAACCAUAAAACGUGGCCAUUAUGGGCUGCUAGAGCCUCCUAUCAAAUUGAGAAUCUUGAAGGAAUUAGUUGACCAAGCCAUUGCCACUGAUCUAGUGAGGGCGAAGAUAGAUGAGCGGCUCGAAGAACGACAGACACUUGCUGCUUCGAAAAGAGGUGAAGCAUUAGAGGAAGGUAAGAAGAAGAGGGAGGCAAAAGAACGUCUAAAGGCUGUUUCUGAAGCCAAUGGCAUUGUGCUGGAGCAAAAUUCAGGUACUGUUGAAGAAGUCUCAUGUGUAGCAGGGAGUAAUGGUGCUGGUUUAGAGAAUGGACAUGUUGCUGAAUUGUCUUCUGAACAGAAAGACGUGUCUCAGAAUGGUGAGAGUGGCCAUAAAAACAGCGGACUGAGGGAAAAAACAAAGAAGCUAUUGGAAGAUCUGGAGAAGAGCAAAGACGAAAGGAAAGAUUUUCUUGAAAAGGAAAUGGAGAAACGAGUUAUUCGGACAAACUCCUUGGGCAAGGAUAGAGAUUAUAACAGAUAUUGGUUUUUCCGGCGUGAUGGGCGAGUAUUUGUUGAGAGUUCUGACUCAAAGCAGUGGGGCUACUAUUGCUGUAAAGAAGAGCUUGAUGCAUUGAUGGGUUCCUUGAAUCCAAAGGGGGAGAGAGAAAGGGCUCUCAAAAAGCAGCUUGACAAGUAUUAUUCUAGAAUAAGCAAGGAGUUGCAGAAGAGAUCCAAAGACAUUGCCCGGAGAACUGCAAUUGAAGAUGCAAUUCUUAGAAGGUCCACUAGGGUGCGAGCUCCUCCCAAGGAUAAUCCUUCUUUGGCAUUCCUGCAGUAUUCCAAUAAGUGGAAAGUUUUGAUGGGAUAGAGUUAGGGGGUGUACUACGUAUACGUUUAAGCUAAACCCUCCUAUCUAAUUCAAUAGAUCACCCAGUGCUGCUUCUAAUUUUGCACUGUUAUGGACAUGUAAAAUUUGUUGAUUCGGAUUAAGGUGCUUCGUAGUUAAUUUCAUUGGAGGAAAUAUAAUCAAGUUAGAGCUUUAGGACUUAGAGACCUCCCUAUUUUUGAAAGACCCGCAAGGGUAGGUUCCGUGGGUAUAGUAGUAGACUUCCUACCAUGAGAGCAUCAGUUUUUGUAAAUGACUACGCCCAUGAUUCUUAAUUAGAAUUGACAAUUAUAGUGCAUGUCAGAUGUUCAUAGCUAUAAAUAUAUUUGGUGCGAAAUCUUUUGUA